UAGAACGAAUAUGACGUAGCAAUGCAGACCUUAACAUACAUCGUGGUACAAUUCUCCGACUCAGUAGUAAUAUGACGCAGCACAACGCCCAGUAGUUAAUUGUGAAUGAGAUGACGACUGUGUUGUUGCUGUUGCUAGCUGCGAUUGUGGUUUCGGGCAGGAGAUACGACGGCCAUCAGGUCCUUAGCGUGUUCCCCAAACUUCAAAGCGACGUGGAUGCCGUGGCAGCCUUGGGAGAAGAACUUCAGGUUGAUUUCUGGCACUAUCCUCACCACGGGAAUGACAGUUUCCACGUGCGAGUGUCCCCGGAAGGCUUUGGCCCUUUCCUGACAGGACUCAGAAAUUUAGAACUGAGUGUCGACGUGUUGAUCGAUGAUGUACAAAAGCUUAUUGACCGUGAAACGUCCGAACUUCGACGAAAACGCCGAGCCAAGACUGGACCAAGAAUCACAGAUUUUUACACCUAUCACAAUCUAGCUGAUAUAGAAGCACAUUUGGAUGACCUGCAGUCCGUGGACAAUGUUAAAAUAACCGUGAGCCAAUCGGAGAACACAACGGUGGAUAAUCGAAGAAUUCGCAUCGUCACUAUGUCACGAGAAGGAUCCACAGACAAAGAAACCAUCUUUAUAGACUGUGGAAUACAUGCCAGGGAGUGGAUCACACCAGCCUUCUGUCUGUACCUUAUCGAGAUGUUGACGAUGGACGAUGUCAUGCUGGAUCUGUACGACUGGAUUAUCAUCCCCGUUUCUAACCCGGACGGUUACUUCUACUCACACACCUUCGAUCGAAUGUGGAGGAAAAAUAGAAGGAGACCCAAUAUUGGGAAUUGCUAUGGAGUGGAUCUCAACAGAAAUUUUGGCUAUAUGUUUGGAUAUACUGGGACAAGCUCCAAUACGUGCUCCGACAUCUACAAAGGUGUUAAGGCUUUCAGUGAAUCAGAAUCUGUUACAAUGAUGAACGCCUUGCAGUCAGCUAACCAAGUCGUUGCCUACUUGAACGUGCACGCGUUUGGUCAGUAUUGGAUGACACCCUGGGGUUAUACUAUUAAUGCAAAGCCUUCGGACUACAAUGAGCUGAAACGUAUAGCAUCCAUAGCAACAGCUGCAAUCGCUGAAAGAAGCGGCACUUCUUAUGAAGUCGGCCCUCCUGGGGACGUACUUGACUAUUCAGCUGCUGGGGGCGCAUAUGAUUGGGCAAAAGGUUACUUGGGUGUGAAAUAUUCCUACGCGCUGGAGCUGAGGGAUAAAGGACAAUAUGCCUUUCUAUUGCCUGAAGAUCAGAUCGAAGAUACUGUGGCGGAGACCUGGGAUGGUGUCCGGGCCAUGGCUUGUGCCAUUUCCGGAAAUACAUGUAACUGACGAGUUACGUAACGAAAACUUCCAAUAAACAUUUCCAAAUGGUU